AUGAAAACCCCUACCAUCCUCACCCUCCUCCCUAGCCUCGCCCACGCCCUCGUCGGCCUAGACUGGACCGUGACCGGCGCCCCCUCCACCGGGCUCAGAGACAUCACGUUCCCGAUCUCGAUCGCCCACGCACCCCACGAAACAGGCUUCUACUUCGCGCAACAGUACGGCUUCCACGGGCUCUCGGACAUCGGGUACACGGGGCUGCAACCGCGCCCUGACAACAGCGGCGCUAGCAUCAUCCACGCCGUGUUCAGCAGCUUCGUGCCGGGAAGCACCAGCUCGGACGAGAACUGCAGCGAUGGCGCAGACGGCGGCGAGGGGGUGAGUUGCAGCGUUGAGAUCGCGGCGUCCUACGAGAGGGUGUAUCAUUUGGUGGUGGAGAAUAAGGACGGGACCACGACGUGGACGGGCACGUUGGUUGAUGUCCAAGGUGGUAACUCGACGCGCAUCGGGGAGUAUACGUUGCCCGAGGGGGCGGGUGGGAUUAAGGACUCCCAGGUGGGUUUCGUCGAGUAUUAUCCGUGGAAUGGGCAGCCGAGUCAUACGUGUGACUCGUUGCCGGCGACGAAUGCGAGCUUUGGGGAUCCGAGCUCGUCGGCUGAGGGGGUUAAGGGGUCGGUGGGCAAGCCGUAUGAGUAUGGGGAUUGUGUGGGCAAGGCUGGUUUUGAGGUCGAGGAGACGGAUGAUGGGUAUGAGGUUUCUGUUGGGUUCUAG